AACAACUGUCCGCGGUGACGUCACGCUCCGGCUCCCUCUGCUUUAGGGCACUUUGGACUGAAGAGGUGGACGAGUUCUCCCGAAAAUCCCACGACGCGGACCGCUUCAUUCCCUUUACAGCAGCCGGAUAAAACGCAGGAAAAUGGGCAACUGUCAACCCACAGUUUUUCCCUAUGAGGAUUUCGACGUGGUGGCAGACAUCAAGGCCAUCCGGAAAGCCUGCAAAGGGUUGGGAACCGAUGAGCAGGCCAUCAUCGACAUCCUGGCAAACCGCAGCUCAGCCCAGCGUCAGGAAAUCAAAGCGGCCUAUUUUGAAAAAUAUGACGACGAACUGGUCGAUGUGUUGAAGAAAGAACUCUCGGGGAACUUUGAGAAUGCCAUCCUUGCCAUGCUGGACCCACCCAUCGUCUACGCCGUGAAGGAGCUCAGGAAGGCCAUGAAAGGACCAGGAACUGAUGAGGACAUCCUGGUGGAAAUCCUCUGCACCGCCACCAACGCUGACGUCGCCAUGUUUAAGGAAUGCUACUUUCAGGUGCAUGAGCGCGAUCUGGAGGCAGACAUAGAGAGCGACACCAGCGGGGACGUUAGAAACCUUCUCAUGGCUCUGCUGCAGGGAAACAGAGACGAAAGUUACGAGGUGGACGAGGAGCUGGCGGAACAAGAUGCCACCGCCCUGUUCGAGGCCGGUGAAGGGUGCUUUGGAACGGAUGAAUCCACCUUCAGCUACGUCCUGGCCACCAGGAACUAUCUGCAGCUUCAGGCCACCUUCAAGAUAUACGAGCAGCUCUCCGGAACUGAAAUUCUGGAUGCUAUUGAAAGCGAGACGUCUGGAACACUGAAAAAAUGUUAUAUUGCUCUUGUCAGAGUGGCUAAAAACCCACAGCUCUACUUCGCCAGACGUCUGCACAAAGCCAUGAAAGGAGCAGGAACAGAUGAAGACACGCUGAUUCGGAUCAUUGUGUGCCGCUCUGAGUAUGAUUUGGAGACCAUCAAAGACAUGUACCUGGAGAAGUACGACGUGUCUCUGAAGGACGCCAUUCGGGACGAGUGCAGUGGGGACUUCAAGCGCCUCCUGCUGGCCAUUUGCCACUAGAGGCUGGAAAUGUUUUCCACCUACCAGACUAAGUUUCCCCAGUCUGUUUAAGGCAUUACAGGAGGAGCAGGAGGGUGCAGAGGUGAUGGAGAUCUUAUCAAUCCCUGCUAAAUCCAUAGUCCAUGUUUCUGUUCAUAUGUCCCAUCAGUAUGUAGCACUCAAUCUGAUAAGAACCAUUUCUUAGUCCAGAGUUUUAGUCCUAUGUCCUAACCUUUGUAACAAAUCUAAGAUUUCUGUGUGUUUGACAUAGAUUUAAAAAAAACACUAACAAAACAGAAGGGUUUAUGCCUUGAUCAUUUUGUAGCCUCAUUGUGACCCCUUCUAAAACAUAAUUACAUCUAGAAACAACUCUGCUAAAUCUCCCCCCUGCUUUUUCACCCUCCUCCCCUGAAAGAGCUGUUAUGCUCCUCUGCUGCUACAACUUAUGCAAUCAGUCUAUGAGGAACAAAGUUAGUGGUUUUAGGUGAAGGAUUGUGAAGGUUUGGUUGGAUAAUGAAGGAGUUUAAUGGAAGAAGUCACUGAAAUGCUUCCCCAGAUUUUGUGUUUUUUAAUGGUUGCUUGCUGAAAGAAAUGACCAUAAUUUCCUCAACGCUUCAUUUUUAUUUUCCACGCUGAACUACGGUGCCCUGACAAAUCUGAGUAUGCCUCACUGAAUUACACCUGAUUAUAUCAUUGUUUUAGAUUGUAUUACUAACAGAGAAAAGUAUUAAUAUAUAUAGAUAUAAUGGCAGAGGUGAUUGUUUUAGGCAGUCCAGAGGUUAUAUAUAGAGGUUAUGUACUAUGUUUAGAUAAUCUGAACUUUUAACACCAGACGUUUUUUUUUUAUUGGUGUCUGUUUAUGGCAGCUUAAAAUUGUUAAACCAGUUUUUAACAUUAAUACACACUAAACAUGUGAGAUAUUGAUUACAUAAACAAUCUGUAGCCAAAGAAUUUUAAUCUAAUAAAGCUUACUGUAGAGUCGU